UCACGGAUUGUAUUCGGAACCGGUCGGAAGACAUUCUGUUAAAAUGGACGAAUGAGCAGCUGGCUUUCGGUUCAGCGAGUCUCGUCACUUUCAGCGGUACUCUCCCUUCUCAAAUGGAAUCGCUGCCGUGGGGGAGAUGGGCAGGUGGUCAGUGCCAGGUUUGAGGCGGGCACGUACGCGUGCGUGGGCCCUGGCUCUGUGCGCUGGGUUGGUGUUUGGGGUGGUGUUCCUGUACGGGACGGGUCCCUCUGAGCUCCACCGUGCCUUUCUGCUGUCCCGCCACGUGCAGACGUACCCCGUCCUGCUCCGCCCCCGCACCUGCCCCUCGUCCCGCACCCUCACCCUCCUGCUGGCCGUCAAGUCGCACGUGGGCCACCGCGAGAACCGGGCCGCGCUGCGGGACACCUGGGGCGGGGCGGGGUCCGGGGCAGGGGCGGGGGCGGCCGUGUGCACCGUCUUCCUGCUGGGACGCGCGGAGCAGGGGGCGGACCAAGCGGCGGUGCUGGAGGAGAGCCGUCGCCACGGCGACAUCCUGCAGUGGGAUUUCCGGGAGUCGUUCUUUAACGUGACGCUGAAGGAGCUCCUGUUCUGGCGCUGGUUCUGCCCGGAGCGCCUCGGCGCCGCCCGCUACGUGCUGCGCACCGACGACGACGUCUUCGUGGACGUGGGCGGAGUCCUGGCCCUGCUCCGCCUCCACCGCGGCCCCGCCCACCCGCUGUACCUGGGCCACGCCUUCGUGGGGACCUACCCCGUCCGCCUGUGGUGGAACAAGUACUACGUGCCCCAGUCCCUGUACCACGGCGGGCCCUACCCCCCUUACCUGGGCGGGGGCGGUUACCUGGUCUCCCAGGAGACCGUGCGGCUGCUCCUGGGCGCGUCGGCCAGCGUGCCGCUCUUCCCCAUCGAUGACGUGUACGUGGGCAUGUGCGCGCGGGUGGCCAACGUGACCGCGCAGCCCCACCCCGCGUUCCUGCCCUUCGAGUUCGCCCCCUCUCUGCCCCCCUGCACCUACGCUGGGGUCCUGGUGCUGCACAGGCUGGAGCCCCAGCACCUCCGCCAAUACUGGAGCUUCUACAAGAGCCAGGGACACACCUGCAGCCCUGCAGUCACUAUACAUCCCAGCCUGUAGGGGGCGACACGUCAAACACAACAUCGCUGCACUGGGGCUGCUACAGCCCAGUGACGGAAAGCAGCAUGUGGGUUUCAGCAGCUACACACAAACCACACAGUCAAAGUUUUAGAAGAAAGAAAUAAAACGUUUAAUGCGCAAUGAACAGCAUAACUGACCUGUAUUACCUGAGUGGGAACAUGCUUGCUUUAGGGGCCUCAGGACUUGCGUAAACACCAUUUCCAUGGCGACGGAAAACAGAUGAAGUCAGUCAGAUGGACUUUGGUGACUAUUUUUAACGAAUUUCCUUUCCUUGAAUUUCAAUCAUGGGCCCAGGCCACAGCACACUGCUGUAAGGUGGUAAUGCAGGACCAGAUGUUUUUUGGAGACUUUUGCAUCAGUGGUUAUUAUCUGGAUAAAUAAAAGUAAAGUUAAAUAAAUAUUUAAUCUCCCCAAACUGAAAGGGGCGAGGCAUGAAAAGCCAGGUCUGGGUGUUAGGAAGUCUGAACAGGCGGGGCGAGUUCCUGUCACGCACUUCCUGUGAGACCUGCCGCUGCCGUGGUUACUGGCGUGCAGCGGGGCAGGCGCAGAGGGGAAGAGAGUGUGCUGCUCCCCAUCGACCUGGUGUUUUGGGGGGCCCCCUACACACGGGACUCCAGGACAGGAGGGAAAGAGAACAGACCUCACAGCCUGUAUGUGGAGAAAAACCUGGUGGCUGUCAUGAAGCAGGGUUACUCAGUAAAACCCGGAACAGAUUUGGAAGUGCAGUUAUCCAGCUAAAUCCUGCUUCAUGAUACAGCUCUCAAACCCAACAGGAAGUGCCCACGUAACCCUAGAGUAAAAAAAAAACCCUAUCCUGAGUUUUACAACAUGAAAUUUGAUAACUUUUCCUGAAGUGACCCUAUUAUUAGAAGCUAAACAUUGCCCUUCUUUAUAUUUUUAUAAAAAUGGUACACCAUAAGGGUACUCACACGGUCUGAUGAGGGUUUUUUAACCCUGUAGUUAUGCCAUAAAGUUAAGCACCAUGCAUCUAUUACAGCAAAUAAAAUAUCAGUUCUGA